GUCAAAUUCAGAUCCCGUGACUGAAAAAUUUUAUCAUUUUAGUUUCUUUUUAAGUUCUGUUCAGUUAUUUGUUCGCGAAAAAUUGACGAAAAAACAUUAAAUCCCUUAUUUUAGUUGAAAAUUAUCAAGAAAAAUGGCGAAACUUGCCUUUUCCCUGAUUUUAUGUUUAUUUUCUUGCUUGACUUUUGUUGCCAGCGAUAAUGUUCCUGUUUUGCUCUUCGGAAAAUCGUUGCCUUUUAAAGUUCCUGCCCUCAAGACGCUCCAAACUGACGAAUUCACGAAUUUGGUGAGCUCCCAACUGAACGAAGAGACUGUCACUGUGGUUUUUGUCGAGCCCAAGCUCAGUGUUGAGGAUUUGAGUCAAUGUAAGGCUGAUGAUGGAGUCACGUGCUUCAAAAAUUUGGCUGCCUUGGAGGAAAGAUCGUAUUUGCCGAACGUAAAAAUGCCCGUUGAUGGACUUUUUGACAAUUUGGAUGCGAACAAGGCCACAAUUGAUCAAUCUGAUGACGUACUUGAGGCACUUGAAAACGGAAAUCGUGUCGUUUUUGUGUAUCUUGAUGUUGCUGAGGAGAGUAAAGAUUUUGAAAGUCACGAUAAAAUAAUCGCUGAAACUUUCGCCAAAAUCUCCCAAAAGUACAAAAACAUCGUCGCCAUUUACACGGGACAGCAAUCCAACCUUGAUGGUCACGUGCGUAACAAGCGUCAAGUCGUCGCCGAUGAACAAACUCCUCAUAAACGCGCUAGCGGACACAUCAACAAAGACCCCAAGCCCUGCGAUCACUUCCUCAUCGCUGCCGAACAAAUUGUCACGCGAGUCGACAAAGAUUCCGCCGAAGUUGUUGCCGAACUCACUUCCUGCACGAGUACCAAAGACUCCAAAUUGAACAAACUCGAAGUCACACUUCAACCUUCCGACUUGACGAUGAAAUUCAAGCAAAUUGCGGGCACGUGGAGUCUUUACGAGGCCGUCAAGGAUUCCAAACCGAUGAAAUUCCCCGCUUACAUUUACGCCAACUCGGGAUUCGCUUAUCGGUGCGGCGGCAAUUUCACUUUUACCAAUGCGGCAGGCGGUUUUGUCAAGAUUCAGAACACGCAAUUCAUGCCGGACUUUGAAAAGGACAAGUUUGAGGUCUUUAACAAGGAUAAAGUUGUCUAUUGCGAAGGUUUUUGGAGUCCAGCGAUCCUUGCGGGAUUAUUUGUUGUCUUCCUUUUGAUCUUUAUCUUGCUCGUUGGACUCUCGUGGAUCAUGGAUAUCAAUACCAUGGACAAAUUUGACGAUCCAAAGGGAAAAACUAUCACCAUAAAUGCCAAUGAGUAAAAUUUUACGAGUUGAAGUAGCAAGUUUUGUCGUGUCACAUGUUAAGUUUUGUUGAAAUUGACAAUAAAGACAAUCGAUAGUAACG